CUGGCGCGGAGCGCGCGCGGGAAAGUGUCCGGUGGCUGGCGGGCGGGCGGUUCGGAAGGUUGGCCCCGGCGAGUCAUUCAUUGUUCGCCGAGCGGCGAUCCACUCCGUCCCGGGGACCCGGCCAAGCGGCGUCCGCAACCCCCCCACGCCCGAGCGCCAUGAAGUUUGUCACCUGUGAAAUUGCGUGGCAUAACAAAGAACCCGUAUACAGCGUUGACUUCCAGCACGGACUGCACGGCAGAGUCGAUCGACUGGCCUCUGCAGGAGUUGACACUGCUGUCCGGAUAUGGAAGGUUGAGAAAGACGGAGAUGGGAAAGCAGUCAUAGAUUUUUUAUCCAAUCUAAUACGUCACACAAAGGCAGUGAACGUUGUGCGCUUCUCCCCUAACGGUGAAAUUCUUGCAUCGGGAGGUGACGAUGCACUAAUCCUCCUGUGGAAACUGAACAAUAACAAAGACAUCAAAGAACCAGAACAAAACCUAUUUGAAGAGGACAUUCAGUUAAAUAAAGAGAACUGGACAGUGCAUAAAACAUUAAGAGGGCACAUAGAAGACGUGUACGAUAUCUGCUGGACAACUGAUGGAAAUCACAUGGUGUCUGGAUCUGUUGACAACACAGCCAUUAUGUGGGACAUUAUUAAAGGGAUAAAACUGUCAAUCUUUAAUGAACACAAGAGCUACGUGCAAGGUGUUACAUGGGAUCCUUUGGGGCAGUACAUUGCUACGCUUAGCUGUGACCGGGUAAUGCGUGUAUACAGCACACAGACCAAAAAAGUAGCCUUUAACGUAAGCAAGAUGUCAGCUGGUUGUGAUGGAGAGACCAAGAGCUAUCGAAUAUUCCACGAUGACGGUAUGAAGUCAUUCUUCCGCCGACUCACCUUCACACCAGAUGGCUCCCUGCUUCUCACUCCAGCUGGCUGCGUUGAAGCUGGAGAAAACGUUACCAACACAACUUAUGUCUUUUCCAGGAAAAAUUUGAAACGGCCCAUUGCUCACCUGCCUUGCCCAGCUAAGGCUACUCUAGCUGUUCGAUGUUGCCCGAUAUUCUUUGAGCUAAAGCAGGCUAAAACUGGAGAUGAGUCGACCAAGAAAAUGAACAUGUUUAACCUGCCGUAUCGACUGGUGUUUGCUGUUGUUUCUGAGGAUUCUGUACUGUUAUAUGACACACAGCAGUCAGUACCGUUUGGCUAUAUAUCAAACAUCCAUUAUCACACCCUGAGCGAUAUAGCAUGGUCGAGAGAUGGGACCUACCUGACCAUAUCGUCCACGGAUGGCUACUGCUCCUUCAUCGCGUUUGAGGAAGGCGAAUUGGGCGUGCCUCUGAAAGAGAAACCGGUGCUGUUUGUGCCGACCCCAGGCACAGCAGAUAAGAAAGCAAAGAAGGGGCAAGCGAACAGGAGUAUCCCCACAACCCCGAAACAGUCCGAGUGCAGCACACCCAGCAGGGUCACGGAGCAGAAUGACUCGGGAGCCCCAUCUCGGCUGAAGACACCCAGUGUGGCUGCGAAGAUCUCUCCCACGACCUCUCUCGGCUCCAAAACUUCCCCGACUUCCCUGGACAAGAAAUCUCCUCAGUCUGCCCCUCAGGGCAGCAAGGCCUCUCAGUCCAGAAGGAUCACUCUGAAUACGUUGGAGGCCUGGAGCAGGCCCAGCAAGCCCUUGGUGCCCAGGCGAAUCUCUCUCACCCCUGUGAACCCCAGCUCGUCUCAGCAGACAGCGGCACCAGCAGUAACCCAAGCAGAACAUGAGAGACCUUCUCCGCCAAGUGACCCUUCCUGCAAGUCUCCAGACGCGAAACGCUCCAGAACAGAGGACGACCCGGUGCUCAAUCCCGCCACUGUGGAUAGCUUGAAAAUGGACGAUGACUGUGGAAAGAACAAGUGAACAGUGCUCUGAAAUUUUUAAAAAUAUGUAUUUUUAUAAAACUGUGUUUCACUGUGAUUCUUCAAUGUACAGAAAAGUGCAUAUAAAGUGCCAUUGACUUUUUUUUUUGGAUACUUUGUUGUAGGUUGAAGUCUGCCAUACUAUCCUUACAGUGUUACUGGUAUUUGUGUCUGAAUGUGUAUAGUCAAGUUUUAGUUAUUAUUUGCUGUACAAAGUAUUAAUGAUGCCUUAAAAAAAUUAAACUG